AUGUUCUGGCUUGUGCUACUCUUCGCCCGUAAUCCAUCUCCCACUUCUAGCGACGACUCUGUGACUACUAUAUUGUGUGAUGUAGCACUUGACCUGCUACCUGCUUUCCUCGUCUGGAAAUUGCAACUCAAUAGUUGUACGAAGUUUGCAGUAAGAGGAAUUCUCGGGUUACGGGCGAUGUACGUGCUAUAUUUUGGCCAACUGGCCACUCUGGAGAUGAAUCUAUUGCUAACUAUAAAUAAUGCGAAUUCUGCCUACCAAAUCGCCAUCGGAUCCAACAUUGAGGCCGGCCUCGGAAUUACAGCAGGCAGUCUCGUCACUCUUCGACCAUUAUUCCGCUGGCUACUAGAUAAAAUUUCGACUCAUAAUCACAAGUCAUCUCAUCAAGGAAAUAUUAGCAACAGCAGUCAAGAAGCCUUGAACCCCUGA